CGCAAUAGGACAUAACACAACCAGUUUCAUAUUCGACAACAUUACUAAUCACACGAACAAACAACCGAAGCACCAUGUCGAAUCAGUACGAGCAAUUGAAAGAGUUUACGAUCUGCGUUGCGGAUUCAGGCGAUGUCGAUGCGAUCAAAGAGCUGAAGCCCCAAGAUGCGACAACAAAUCCUUCCCUCAUCUACAAAGCGGCUCAGAUGGAUCAAUACGCCAAGCUGGUAGAUGAUGCUAUCAAGUACGGAAACGGAAACCUAGAAAUCGUCAUGGUAGGUAAUAGCGAUAAACUGGCCGUUAACUUUGGGACAGAAAUCACCAAGAUCGUGCCAGGAUAUGUCUCCACGGAAGUUGAUGCGCGCCUUUCCUUCGAUACUGAGGCAACUAUCGAAAAGGCCCGUAGCAUCAUUCAGCUGUACAAGGAAGUCGGUGUUGACAAAUCUCGAAUCCUAAUUAAAGUCGCUGCUACUUGGGAAGGAAUCAAAGCGGCCGAAGUUUUGGAGAAGGAAGGAAUCACUUGCAACUUAACCUUGAUCUUUAGCAUUGCGCAGGCUAUUGCCUGUGCCGAAGCGGGCUGCACCUUGAUCAGUCCUUUUGUUGGGCGAAUCAUGGAUUGGUACAAGAAGGAUCAAGGAGUUGAUGGGUUUGAGCCAAAAGAGGACCCAGGUGUUAUUUCUGUGACAAAAAUUUACAACUACUACAAGAAGUACGGAUUUAAUACUAUCGUAAUGGGUGCAUCCUUCCGUAAUGCCGGGCAAAUUACUGAGCUUGCAGGAUGCGACCGUUUGACGAUUUCACCUCCUCUUCUGAAUGAGCUGAUCGCGUCAGCGGACAAGUUGGAAAAGAAACUUGAUGCUAGCAACGCCGCUACCUUGGAUAUUGCCAAAGUCGAUAUGGAUGAGAAAACUUUCCGUUGGAUGAUGAACGAAGAUCCCAUGGCGACAGAGAAGUUGGCAGAUGGUAUCCGCAACUUCGCUGCCGACGUUGUGAAGCUCGAAGAGAUUGUGAAGAAAAAGAUGUAAGCAAGCUGAGUCGCAGAAUGCAUCAACAGUUAAAAAGGUAGUAAUAACCGAAAUUUUCGGCUCUUCC